GUAGGUUGAACAAAGGCAUCAGAUGUUGUGGCUUCUUUGUUGUAAUAUAUAUAAAUGCAUGCUGAUAUAGAGGAUAAGUGAUAGUUUAAGAAUUCAUAAAGAUGAUUGUGGCUCUUAUUCUUGUGAUUUUUGUGAUGGAAGUACGGGCUGUAACAAACGAUGGAAGUUGUAAAGACAUGCUGCAGCAAUAUCUGACAGGACAUUUGUCAUCUGCUCUAGGAGCAUACCAAAUAGAGGAUUUGAGGGACGAAUUCAAAAGUUUCACCGACCAAAUCGAAAAAUCAGUGAAAGCUAUUAAAGAAAAAAACAGAGAAACCAAAAACAGGAGCGUUGUUUACACAAGAUGGGGGAAAAAAACAUGUCCUUCGAAUGCCGAGUUAGUUCUAUCAGGCUUCACUGGCGGUUCAUGGUACGAUCACAAAGGAGCAGCGGUUGAUCUUCUGUGUUUACCAAGAGAUCCAGAGUGGGGUGAAUACAUUGAUGGAGUUAAAGGGACCAAAGCUUAUGUUUUUGGUGCGGAAUACGAAACAUACUACACCAUCAGCAACCUGCGCAAAGUCUAUAAUCAUGAUGUACCGUGUGCUGUUUGUCUUCUUCGAAAUAAAUCCGUCGUCAAAAUGUUUCCAGCCAGAAAAACGUGUUACAAAGGAUGGAAAUUAGAGUAUCACGGGAACUUAAUGGCGGGAUAUUAUAACAGUCCAGCUGGUACAAUGUACACCUGUGUUGACGAGCAUCCAGACACUUUACAUGGUGGUCGUGCAAAUCAAGAUGGUAGACUGUUUUAUUCCGUAGAGGCUCGAUGUGGUUCCUUGAAGUGCCCACCUUAUGUGGAAGGGAGAGAACUCGUCUGUGCUGUUUGUUCUAAGGAGUAAACAUUAAUAAACCAGUACUGACUUUUUUUCUACAUUUUGUUAGGGUAAUUUAAGAUUUGUUUCAACGUCAAAAUAUGAGUCAAAACUGCUCUCAGUUUUGUUGUAAAAUCUCUCACAUUUUAAUUAUAAUUCUUUAUGUUGUUAUUGAUUCCCUUGAGCUAGUCAAAUCUAGAGAGAAUAAAAUAUAAAAUCUGUUGUGUUUUAUAUAUCCUAUUUAUUAUAAGGGUUUUAUUCGAAACCGCCAGGUUACGAGUUGAAAAUGUAAAUAAAACAAAUAGAUAUCCGAAAGAUAAGCGUCA